ACUGAAAUCGUUUAAUUAUAAUUAUGUCAUCGAACCAUAAGGAUUGUCAUCAGUAGUGCAAAAUUUUUAUUCAAGAUGGAUAUGUUGAAUGUGAUUGUACCGAUUUUCGGUGGCUAUGGCCAUUAUCAUGAUAUGAUAACAUUAAUCUUUCAAUGGGCUAAUGAUGUUACGGAUUUUAUUAUUGAUUUCUAUCUGAAUGCUCCACGAACAUUUUUUGCCAUUCUUUUAUUCAUGAUAUAUGUUUUUCAUUAUAUUGCUAAUAUAGUUAAAAAACCGAUACUUGUGACUUCGGAAGGAAGAUUUCGAUGGUUUUUAUUGGCCAAUUGUCCGGUAAUUAGUGAAAAAUAUUGGCCAACCAUUUGGUGUUACGAAACACAUUUAUUAACAGCUUUGGCCAAUUAUAUUCGUGGUUUUUGCGCCGAUCUACAUUAUCAUCGGGAAUUAUUACAAACUCCUGAUGGCGGACAAAUAUCGUUGGACUGGUAUGAUCCAAAUUGUGAACGUUCAUCACCAUGUUCUCAACCUGGAUAUUCGUUUGGCAAAGUUGGUGAUCGCCCUAAGCCGAUUGCAUUAUUUAUGCCUGGUCUGACAGGUAGUUCACAAUCAGAAUAUAUAAAAACAUUGGUACCAAUAGCUUUUCAGAUUGGAUAUCGACCAGUUGUUAUUAAUUAUCGUGGACUAGGCAAUACGCCUUUGCUGACCCCUCGAUUAUAUUGUGCGGCAAAUGAUGAUGAUAUUCAUACAGCUAUUAAUCAUAUUCGUCAUCAUAAUCCUGAUUGUAAACUGAUUGCUACAGGUAUAUCGCUUGGUGGUAUACUUUUAUGUCGAUAUCUGAUUAGCACUGGAUUCGAAUCGCAAAUCAAUGCAGCUUUUCUAAUAUCCGUUUGUUGGGAUCUGAUGAUCGGAUGUGAAAAUAUGGAAAGAAGUCUCAAUUAUCCAUUAAAUCAUCAUCUAACACGAUUACUAGUCAAUCUUGUUGAUGCUAAUCAUGCAUUAUUCAAAAAUGUUCCCGGUAUCGAUCUGGAUCGUGUACGGCAAUGUCAAAAUGUUCGUGAAUUCGAUGAAGCAUUCACAAUUAAAAUAUUCAAUUUCGAAAGCGUUUCACAUUAUUAUGCUGAAAGUAGCCAUUUAGGCAAAAUGUCUUGCAUACGUACACCAACACUUUGUAUAAAUGCAUCCGAUGAUAUGUUUGCGCCUACUGAAAACUUACCAUGGGACGUUGAACAAAGUCGUCAUGUCGCAUUGUUGGUUACAUCACGUGGUGGUCAUAUUGGUUUCAUGGAAGGAAUAUUUCCUUUUUUAAAAUCAAAAUUCUAUACAGAAAGAUUAAUGGAACAAUAUUAUAAAGCAUUGUAUCGUUUAUCUGAUUGUCAUCAGAUUGUUUGAUGAGGUUUUGAAACAAAAAUAAUAAAAAAACUACUUUUCUGAUCAAUUGAUGGCGCAGUAAUCGCUGUAAACAAAAAUAUGGCUGUCAUAAAAUUCUCA